AUGCGGCGGAAGCAGAAGCGGCUGCUCCAGGCAGUGGGGUUGGCGCUGGCCGCCCUCGUCUUCUUGCCCAACGUGGGGCUCUGGUCCCUUUACCGAGAGCGGCAGCUGGAGGGCGGUGGGGCGGCUGGCGGGGAGGGGGCCGCCGCCGCGGGGCCACCGGGGGCAGCGGCCGGCGAAGCAUAUGUGAGGCAAAAGAAAGACCCCUACUUGGGUGAUGGACAAAGGAAAAAGGACUGGCACAACAAAGAAGCUAUAAGGAGGGACUCUGAGCGUGUAGGAAAUGGAGAACAGGGAAAACCUUACCCAAUGACUGAUGCAGAGCGAGUGGACCAGGCAUACAGGGAAAAUGGUUUCAAUAUCUUUGUGAGUGAUAAAAUUUCUCUGAAUCGUUCCCUUCCAGACAUCAGACAUCCCAACUGCAAGAAUAAGCUGUACCUGGAGAAGCUUCCCAACACUAGUGUGAUAAUUCCCUUCCACAACGAAGGAUGGUCCUCGCUCCUCCGGACAGUGCACAGUGUCCUGAACCGCUCCCCACCUGAGCUGGUAGCAGAAAUAGUGCUGGUGGAUGACUUCAGUGACAGAGAACACCUGAAGAAACGCCUGGAAGAUUAUAUGGCCCAGUUCCCAAAUGUGAGAAUCCUCCGAACCAAGAAGAGAGAAGGGCUGAUAAGAACCCGAAUGCUGGGCGCCUCGGUGGCCAUAGGGGACGUCAUCACCUUCUUGGAUUCCCAUUGCGAGGCCAAUGUGAACUGGCUGCCACCUCUGUUAGAUCGCAUUGCCCGAAACCGCAAGACUAUCGUUUGUCCAAUGAUUGAUGUUAUUGAUCAUGACCACUUUGGGUAUGAGACUCAGGCUGGAGACGCGAUGCGAGGUGCAUUUGACUGGGAGAUGUAUUACAAGAGGAUCCCUAUUCCUCCUGAGUUACAGAAACUUGAUCCCAGCGAUCCCUUUGAGUCUCCUGUAAUGGCUGGAGGACUGUUUGCAGUCGAUAGAAAGUGGUUCUGGGAGCUGGGAGGGUAUGAUGCAGGUCUGGAGAUAUGGGGAGGAGAGCAGUAUGAAAUAUCCUUUAAGGUGUGGAUGUGUGGAGGCCGCAUGGAGGAUAUCCCUUGCUCCAGAGUUGGUCAUAUCUACAGAAAAUAUGUUCCAUACAAGGUUCCAACAGGAGUCAGCCUGGCAAGAAACCUGAAGCGGGUGGCCGAGGUGUGGAUGGAUGAGUAUGCAGAGUUCAUUUACCAGCGCAGACCUGAGUACCGGCACCUUUCUGCCGGCGACGUCGCGGCUCAGAAGGAGCUCCGCAACAACCUCAACUGCAAGAGCUUCAAGUGGUUCAUGAACGAGGUUGCCUGGGACUUGCCAAAGUUUUACCCACCGGUGGAACCUCCAGCAGCUGCCUGGGGAGAGAUACGCAAUGUAGGAACUGGACUGUGUGUGGAUACUAAGCAUGGAGCCCUGGGAUCCCCACUGAGGCUGGAAAACUGUGUGAAGGACAGAGGAGAGGCAGCAUGGAACAAUGUGCAGGUGUUCACAUUCAGCUGGAGAGAAGACAUCCGGCCUGGGGAUCCUCAGCACACCAAGAAGUUUUGUUUUGAUGCCAUUUCCCACAGCAGCCCUGUGACCCUCUAUGACUGUCAUGGAAUGAAGGGCAACCAGCUCUGGAGAUACCGAAAAGACAAGACCCUUUACCAUCCAGUAAGCAGCAGCUGUAUGGACUGCAGUGAGAGCGACCGAAAGAUCUUUAUGAAUAGCUGCAAUCCUUCAUCUCCAACACAGCAGUGGAUAUUUGAACACACAAACUCAACUGUCUUGGAAAAAUUUAACAGAAAUAUUGAUCUUUAA